CCUUUUAUGGCGAAAGGGAUUUAUGUCCCUAAACAAAAGCAAUUUUUUGUCCCUGUAAUGCAAUGCUGGCGUCUUAGAAACUGUGUAAUCCGAUACAUUUUAUUGCUUUUUCAAGUUCACAAAGCAACUCCUGGGGUGCUUAAAAAGAGAAUUUGGGGAUUAUGAACUUAACAAUCAUGCAUCAAUGGAGAUUUUGAUAGAUAGGAUCCUAUUUUGUUCUUUUCAAGGCGGAAAAAUCACAUGGGGCGAAAAGUGAAACUUUUAAAUGGCAGGCUGUUAUAAUGAAAGUUGAGAUAAGGAGUUACCCUUUGACGAAAGGCAGGAGAAGAAAUGAACAGGGGGGAGGGGGCUGUCAGCUAAAACCGACUCGGCUCGGUUUCAAUUCGUUGAAUUCAACAAUCACAAAAAUAGUGGUACACAAAGCUUGAGUUACGAAAACAGUCCACGCUUGUCCAAUAUCCCAACCAAACCAGCUGAUUUUCAAAGGAUAACCCACGAAGCAAAGCUCUGCAAGAAACGAAACCACGACUUUCAUGGAAAUCUCCCAAACCAAACCCUCUUGUACUUGAAAUAUUCGUCAAGUAACGAAUGAGUUGACGGUGUGUUCUUUGCCUUUUUCCCGUUCCUGCCAUUUUGGACGAAUUCUUAUUAUUUUUGUAGCGGUAGAAGAUCUUCUAUUUUUAUAGCUCUUUUAAAUAUCUUGCAAUGAAGUGUUUUCACUAUUUCAAGGACAAGUCUAGAAGCAAGGGGCAAAGAUCAGCUCCAGAGUUGAAACAAGAAAGAAAAUCAGAGGGAUAUUCUGGGCCUGACCGGAUCACAAAGUCCUCAUGCUCUACCUCUGUGGCUUCUCCGCGUAGCAUACCGGAGUUGUACGAAGCAAAAGCUCACAAUUUGAGAGUCUUCUCUUUCUCAGAGCUUAAGCAAGCCACUCGUGAUUUCAAUUUGCUACAUAAGAUUGGCGAAGGCGGCUUCGGAAGCGUCUAUAAAGGUACAAUCAAGCCUGCUGAUGGAAAGGGUGAGCCUUUCGAGGUUGCUAUUAAAAAGCUUAACAAGAAUGGUUUGCAGGGGCAUAAGCAAUGGGUGGCGGAAGUUCAAUUUCUGGGUGUUGUUGAGCACCCCAAUCUUGUCAAACUCAUCGGAUACUGUGCUGUGGAUGGAGAAAGAGGGAUCCAACGUCUACUGGUGUAUGAGUUUAUGCAAAAUAAGAGCUUAGAAGAUCAUCUUUUCCGACGGGCGUUCUCACCUCUUCCUUGGAAAACAAGAUUACAAAUAAUACUGGGAGCUGCUCAAGGAUUAGCAUACCUGCACGAGGGAUUAGAAGUUCAGAUCAUAUACCGAGACUUCAAAGCCUCCAAUGUGUUAUUGGAUGAGAAGUUGAAUCCGAAGCUUUCAGACUUUGGACUGGCAAGGGAGGGGCCAAUGGCUGGGCGUACGCAUGUUUCAACAGCCGUAGUUGGGACAUACGGUUAUGCUGCUCCUGAUUACAUUGAGACAGGACAUCUAACCGAUAAGAGCGAUGUAUGGAGUUUCGGUGUGGUAUUAUAUGAGAUGCUUUCAGGCAGGCGGUCAUUAGAAAGAGGCCGCCCAAAAGCAGAGCAGAAACUCUUGGAUUGGGUGAAACAAUUCCCCCCCGACAGUAAAAAGUUCAGCUUAGUAAUGGAUCCUCGACUUGAGAACCAGUAUUCAAUUAGUGCUGCUCGAGAAAUUGCGAAGUUAGCAGAUACUUGUUUAUUAAAAAGUCCAAAGCAGCGGCCCAAGAUGAGUGAGGUGGUGGAGAGAUUGAAGCGGAUAAUCCAAGUUUCAGGGGAAGGAAGCGCCGAAGAAAUGGAGAGUCAUCCCGAGGCAUCUGAAUCUGAAAUAAAAGCAGCAGCAGGUGAAACAGAAACAGAUCAUCAAGAGAGAGUGUCGGAAACAUGGAAGAGGCGGAUGGCACACCUUGCGAAAUUGGGGGAGCAUGUGGAAGGUGCAAGUAGGAGGAGAUUGAUGAUGUUGCAAAGGGCCAGAGUGCCUGUCCUCCAUUAGUGUAGUCAGUAGUGGGCGACUAGUGGAUGUUAGCCAUAGCGGCAGUGAUUGUUAAUUAAGGAAACAUUUGAUUAGUGGGUGGAGAGUGGCGUGAUAGUGAGCAGGACAAACUGAAUAUGAAUAUGAUGGUUUCUUUAGUUUAAAACGCCAAUGAUCAUCACUAUAUAAUAUCAAUCUCUCUUCUUCUUUUUUGUAGAAUGAUAAUAUUUAUUUAUCAAAUUAAUCAAAA